UAUCUUGAUCAAGGUACUGUACUGCAACAGGAGCGGGACUCGAACCAAAGACCUCCAGACAGAGGCCAGUGGGAAGGACUGCAGUAGCUGAAGCCGUGCAUAGGCACUCUGGUGGGGGAAAAGAAGGAGGAGAAGGAGAAGGAGAAGGAGAAGGAGAAGAAGAAGGAGAAGAAGAAAACAGCGUACACGGUGUGCGGGGGUGAGCAGGUCCGACCCGACAGGGCCCUCCCACGGUAGGCGGAAGGCAGAGGCCGCGGUGGGAGGGAGUGCUCCGCGGAGCCCCGCCCGGCACCGGGGGGAGUGUUCUGGAAGAGCGCCGCUAGCAGGAUUCUCGUUCCCAACGGAUUCCCAGGCGACGAGCAGCUGUGGCUUUGAACAGCUGUUGCUGAACCCCCCAAAAAGAGCCCGUGGAGGAGCGAUCGGAGCGAUCGGAGCCCGUGGGAGUCGCGCGCUGGUCCCCGAUGUCCGCACCUGCGCUGCGCGUUCUCGCCGCCCUGGGGGGCCUCCUCCUGGCGUCAGAGGUGCUUCAGGUCAGUGGGAUAAAGGUGUUGACAGCUGGUGAAGUGGAGGCGGUCAAUGGGACGGAUGCCUGGCUGAAAUGCACCUUCGAGACCUCGGAACCCGUCUCGGAGUUGUCCGUGACCGUAUCCUGGACCUUCCGACCUCUGGGGCAAGGGAAGGAGGAGUCGGUGUUUUAUUACCACCAGAAGCCUUACCCCAUUUCGGAGGGCCGCUUCCGAAAGCGAGUAGAUUGGUCAGGGAACAUCAUGGCAAAGGACGCUUCCAUUACAAUACGGGAUGUGAAGUUUUCCUACAACGGGACCUUCAUCUGCCAGGUGAAGAACCUCCCAGAUGUCCAUGGGCUUGCGGGAGAGGUGCGCCUCAAGGUCGUCGCUUCAGCCUCCUACUCUGAGAUCAGCAUCCUGGCAGCAGCUAUAGGGGGCGGAAUCCUGCUGAUGCUCAUCAUCCUCCUCAUUGUCGUAGUGGUCAAACACCGCCGUAAGAAGCGCGAGGAGGUGGCAGAGCUUGAGUUCCAGCAGAGGGCGAGGAAGGACCCCACCAUGUGCCAUCCUGCAGAAGCUGUCUACCUUUGCAUGCCAGAGAAGACAAAGUCUGACUCUGAUGCAGUAAUCUCAGAUCCCAGCUGCAAGAACCUCAGUUUGGAGGAAGAAAAUGAGAAACUUUCUGAUGAUGCUACUGAUGGAAUGAUCUCAGCUGAAACCUUCAGGAACCCCUCUUUAGAAAAGGAAGAGGACAACCACUUUGAUGAUGCUACUGACAAAAUACUCUCGACUCCCAUCUUGGAGGAGGAAACAGAGGAACACUCUGCUGCUGAUGGAAUGAUCUCAGAUCUCAGUUCCAACAACCCCAGUUUGAUGGAAGUAAAGGAGAAGCAUGGUGGUGACACCACUAAUGGAAUAAUCUCAGACCCCAGCUCCAAGAAUCCAAGCAUAAAAGAAGGAAAGGAUGAAAAUUCUGACACCAUCUCGAUAACAAAGGAAUAAGCUGGGCCCAGUAGAAUGAAAAAUCUUUGAGGUCUUCACUGAAGAGCAAUAUUUUAGAUAUCUGUCCGUGUCUGGAACUUGGUCUUCUAGAGUGGCUGGAUGUGGCCAUGUGCAGCCCAGUGGUUAAGAAACUGGACCUGUGAUCAGACUGUUCCUUUAUCAAAUUUCAUCUGUAAAGAGAUCAUGAAAUAUAGUUUUCAAAUGUGCCAAUGGACAAUCAUUUUGUGUAAUGGUUUAUGUGAAAGAUUUUUCUAAAUCCAAGAAAACCCCAGAUCUGUGGGUCACCCCCUGUACUUCCACCAGUGCCUCUUUUCUUAGCUCACAAAGGCUGCAAGAAGCUCAUGUCUGCUCAUCCAAACUGUUAUAUCCCAGAGGUAGGUCCUCGCAAUGUGGAGCUGUGUUUUCAGCCACUGCUGCCGUUGCAGGAAAGUCCUCUGGAGACAAUGGGACGUUAAAGUGACAGAGAACUUGGCACUGAAUAAAGUAACGUUAACGUUUAACUCUUACUUUCGCAGUGUUACGACAGUUUAAACUAUUCACACUUUGUCCUGUUCAAGAUCAGUUCACGGCAUCUAUGGAAUUUGCCAUCUAUGGAGCAUCCCUUCUUAACAUAAGAAAGAUGACUGAGACCCAACUGGUUUCUGUAGGUCUCUGACUGAUGCGAAAUUCAUGGUAUUCAUGCACAGUGAUUGCACUAUAAUGCACGUACCUGUAACUCAGCAAUGGGAAUAUUGUUUUAACUGCAGCAAGAUCUGAAAACCAGUCACUGAGCAAAUGUGCCUGAACAUCUCUAUCUGAUGCCCUAUUGAAACCACUAAACAUGUACUAUACUAAUGACAGUUUCCUGAAUUCAAUGUUAAAAAUGCGCCUACGUUUGUCGAAGCAGCGCUGGUUCCGUUUUGAAAUUUCAUGAUUAUAUUUUAUAUUGCUAUUGCAGAUUU